UCCUAACAUGUAUUAAAAAGGGACUGUGCAACAGGAUUUUAAAGGAAAGAGGAUCCUGCACUCCUCAUACAUUGAUCUCUUAAGGGUCACACGAAAACCCCUAAGUCCCAAACCAAAAGCCUUUAUUCUCCUUUCUGUCUGAAGCUUCCUGACACCUUUAAUCUGCCUCUUCUACUUAAAACCCCCUUCUUCUGUGACACUGGCUCUUCUCCUUUGUCUCAGAAAAUGUCAGGGCAGUGUCACCUCCUCCGUGGUUGUCUCCUUUCUUCUUCCCCACGGAAAGCCUGACAGUUGGGACAGGGCAGGCUGGAAUGGUACUUGGUGGCCAGGGGUCGGGUGAAGCAUGGGUCCUGCCUUUCCCUUGCCCACUUCCUCCCUACCCGCUUCCGCUUCACGGGCAUGACCCAGUUUUCAGUGACCCCAGAAAGUGGACCAUCCCUGAAGACUGUGGGCCUGGCGCCAGGGUCUGUCAUGGGGUGAGGGUGGCAUUCGUCAUCCAUCAUUCGGUGUUAUCAAAUCAGUUUGACCCCCCAGUGCUGAGGAGCAUCUGUGUGAGGAUAUGGGGGGUGGGGAGCACCCACUUGCGCUCUGAGGACACUGAAAAUGUUCAGCCAGAUACUCCAGAGCCCUUCCUUCCCCAGGUCCAGCCUCCUCCCCCAGGAGGUACGGCGCCAGUCUCCAUUCCCUUAGGCAGUCUUUACCAGUCUACCAGUGUCCAAAUGCAAAGCAGAGAGAGCAUCCAGAUUUGGAAAUUCCCCCCCGCCACCGCCCGCCAUGCCUGAAAAACAACCACACUUGUAAACUUUGAACUCUUCCCCUUGGGAAUAUUUUAUGAUGGCAAAAGAGUGGUGCUGCUUCCCCAGUCAAAAGAUGAAAAGAGUCUAAGGGACUCUGAGUCAUCUGCACCCAUGGAGAAAAGAACAGAUUAUUUCUGAACAGCCAUGCAGAUAUCAAGGUUCUGGCCUAGAGUGAGGUCAUAAAAACAGAAGGGCCAACAAGGGGCUCUCCUCUUGGUUUUGUCUCCCUUUAAGAAUGUUUCCUGUUACAUGUAUAUAUCUCCAGGGAGUAAGAAGGUUCCAGAGGUUCAUCAGUUUCUCCAUUUCAUACGGAAGUUCAGAAAAAAGUGUCUCUUUUUAAUCUGCAGAUGGACAUAAGUGGGUUAAUUCCUGGUCUCGUGUCUACAUUCAUGCUUCUGUCUCAUAGUGACCACGGAGGACGAAAAUUCCCUUUGAUUUUGUCUUCUGUUGGUGCUCUUGCAAACAGUGCUUGGCUCUGUUUGCUUUCCUAUUUUGCCUUUCCAAUCCAGCUUUUGAUUGCAUCUACCUUUUUGGUUGCACUUUGUGGCAAUUACACCACACUUCUGGGAGCCUCUUUUGCCUACAUAGUUGAUCAAUGUAAAGAAAAGAAACAAAGAACAAUUCGAAUAGCUAUAAUUGACUUCCUGCUUGGAAUUGUCACUGGAUUAACAGGACUGUCUUCUGGCUAUUUUAUUAGAGAACUAGGUUUUGUGUGGUCGUUUUUAAUUGCUACUAUGGCUCUUACUGUUAACUUGAUUUAUAUUUUAUUCUUUCUUGAGGAUUCGAUGAAAGAGCCUUCAUCUCAGAAUGUUUCUGUAUCAUGGACUGAAGGCUUUAAAAACUUAUUUUACCAAACUUACAUGCUUUUUAAAAAUAAUUCUGGUGAGCAACGAUCUUUGCUCUGUUUGUUGCUUUUUUCAAUGAUCACUUAUUUUUUCGUGACAGCUGGCAUUUCCCCCAUUUUUAUCCUUUAUGAAUUGGAUUCACCGCUCUGCUGGGAUGAAGUUUUAAUAGGUUAUGGAUCAGCGUUGGGUAGUGUCUCUUUUUUCAGCAGUUUCCUAGGAAUAUGGCUUUUUUCUUAUUGUAUGGAAGAUAUUCACAUGGCCUUCAUUGGAAUUUUUACCACCAUGGUAGGAAUGGCUAUGACUGCUUUUGCCAGAACAACAUUGAUGAUGUUUUUAGUCAGGCUGCCAUUCCUUUUCACUGUUGUGCCAUUCUCUGUUCUACGGUCCAUGAUAUCAAAAGUGGUUCGUUCUACUGAACAAGGCACCAUGUUUGCUUGUCUCGCUUUCUUAGAAACACUUGGCGGAAUCACUGCAGUUUCUACUUUCAACGGAAUUUAUUCAGCCACUGUUGCUUGGUACAAAGGCUUCGUCUUUCUGCUCUCCGCUGUUUUAUUACUAAUUCCAGCCAUCAGUCUAUGUGCUGUCAAGUGCAUCAGCAGGAAUGCGGGAAGCUAUGUCCUUCUUAUACAAGAAGAAUCCAGCGAAGACACUUCAGACAGAUGAUUAAUUGUGAAUAAAAAAAAUCCAAAUGCUCAUAUCAUAUACUCUUGACUUCUGAAGGAUAUAAACUAGCUCCACAAUCAGUACUUCAUGAAUAAUCAAUGCUGCAAGUCCUUUCUUCUAAACUAAACAGUCAGAAAUAGUUGCUGCUCUAGCUUCUUACAGCACCGUGCACUUUGAGCACUUUAUGAAGACCACGUGACAUAUUCCCAGUAGAUAAAAGAACAAAUCUCAAGACACCUCCCACUUUGGGAUUUACCAAAGAAACUGAAACUUAUCGGUAUAAAAUGGGACUAAGAAAUCUGAUACAAUCAAAAGCAAUAAUCUCCCUGAUAUCCUCCAGUCUCUCACAUUAAGACCAAGAAGAACUCUUUGUCUGACUCAGUUUCUUCAUCUGCAAAAUGACUUUUUGACCCCUCUCAAAGAUUUUGAAGGCAUAACUGUUGAAAAUUAUGAUGUCAGUCGCUUAUAGAAGAAUGACAGAAGUUUCAAGUAUUCAUAAUAUAAUUUUUUCUACUUGGGUAAUGCUUUGUUUUUUAGAGCCCAUCAAGGUGUUAGUGAUAGUCAAAGCUCUCAGUAGCUGCAAUAUCCUUCAAAGGGAAGCACUUUAAUGAAUACAUUUUCACUUUUCCUAAUAUGUUUCAUCAGUGACAGGCAUGAUAAUAUUUCCAUAAGUAACACAGGGGUGACUGAAAAAAGAGAUUACAAAUAGUUCCUACAGAAAUGUAAAAACUGAGUAAACAGGCAAUCAUGAUGUAAAGUAACUAGUACUUAUAGAGUCAAUAUUCACUCCUUCUUUCUGUCAAAGGGUAUCCAUCUCUUACUGCCUUAUACUCAUCCUGGGACCACCAUGGUCCCUGAAAACACCGCAUCCUCUCCUGCCUCCUGUCUGCACACAAGGUUCCACUGGGCCUUCUUCCCUCCCUACGUUGAAACUUUUAAGUCUCAGCCAAGGCAUUGCUUCCGCUUCCUCCGUGUCCCUUCCGAACAUUUCUACCCUCCCCUCCUGCCCACCUCCACCCCCCCACCCCCGUCCCUGCAGGGCCCCCACAGCUCUCUGGGUACUGCCAUCCAAGCAUUUUCCCUUGUCUUGUAAUGUUUUUUCCCCUACUUGACAAUGAGCACCUUGAGGACAGGGACAAUCUUUGAUUCCUCAUUAUAUCCACAAUAAAAUUUGAAUUAAAUGAA